AACCACUAGAGUACAUGGUGUUUUCUUGAGUUCGUCUUUCGCCCUGGUCUUUCGUCAACUGUCAUUUCAAUUUCUCUCAAUAAUAUCAAUAAUAUAGAUAUUGUAGUGGUGAUAUUUAGUGUUAUUCGAUAAAAUUAACGAAAUUGAGGAACAAUAGUUACCAUGGAAAUGAUGAGGUUCUUAUUCUACAGUUUUCGCAGUGUUUGUGAUAGUGAUCCGUCUGCUGCAACAUCAUCUAUACAAUAUUUUGGGGUUUUUAGAGGAGAAAAUGAUAAGAUGAUAACGAAGGUGUCGCUGGUUCGUAAUCCUUAUCCAGUGCCUGAUAUUUCACGCGAGGGAAAUUGGAUAUUGGACGGACCAUAUUUGGGGCCAAGUGUGUCAACUGACGACAAAACCUGGCAGGCAAAGUUACAACCUCAUGAACGACUUUUUGCUCAUCACACCCUAACCAGUAUUAGAAAGGAUCAUCGUUUAUAUAGACCGCAGGUCCCCACAGACUCUCUUGAUUAUGCUCUUUCUUCAGUUUACAAACAUUGCGAAGAUACAUUCGUUCCUAAAAUGUAUACUCGAAUUCAGCCCGAAACUCUUGGAAUUGAAACCUGGCGCGUUCUUCGCAAUGAAAUUAAGACGUUCAUAAAACCACCUCCAGCCUUGGGACAUCCACUGAAAAAGGUAAAUGGUCAGAUGGAAGUGAAAAAGUAUAAAAGAGGCAAAGCUGCAAAUUCAAGGGAAGACUCGAAUUUGCAAGAAUCCGAGAAAUUAAGUAAACAAGUGCGGCGAAUUCAUCCUAGCAGUUUGAAGUUGGCCAUCGAUGGUCCUCAUACGGAUCAAACGAAUGCUGGUUACAGUCGAAAAAUUGAUGGAACUUAUUACAAUAUUUAGUUAUCAUCGCUUCGAAUCUUUCAAGGGAAAAAAAAAGUUCUUAAAUUUGUUUCCAAAAGUCGGGACAUUUACUGCAAUAAUCAAAUUUUUAAAGAUUGUCGAAUGUUUAUAAACAAGUGGCUUAUGUUUUGAAAUAAUUAAAUUUUGUUAUAAGAAUUAUAUUGAUUCACUGAAAUAUAGCCGACGGAAGUUGAUCACAGUAUAAAAUUUUAUUUUUAAGCUAUACGGGAAGCACAUAUCCAUCAGUUUUAAUUA